CAUGAGCAUGAGUUGCAGUGAGCGUGGAGGUCGAGUUCGUCCGUGUGAGACAUGUCUGUUCUCUACCCGACUCUCCUGCUGUGUGCUUAUGGCUUCUUCUCCAACCUGCGGCCGUCGGAGCCCUUCCUCACCGCCUACCUGAUGGGGCCGGACCAGAACCUGACGGAGAACCAGAUUGUCAGUGAAAUCUAUCCCGUCUGGACGUAUUCCUACCUGGCGCUGCUGUUCCCCGUGUUCCUGGCCACUGACUACCUCUGUUAUAAGCCUGUCCUGGUCCUGCAGGCCAUUAGCUUUGUGGUCACCUACGUCAUGCUGCUGAAGACCCAGGGCCUGGUGGCCAUGCAGCUCGUGGAGUUCUUCUUCGGGCUGGCCACGGCCUCGGAGGUGGCCUACUACUCUUACAUCUACAGCGUGGUGGAGCCAGCCCACUACCAGAGAGUGACGGGCUACUGCCGCAGCGUGGCUUUGUUUGGCUCGGCCGCGGGCUCUCUGAUCGGACAGCUCCUGCUUUCUGUGGCCAAAGCUCAGCUGCGCCACCUCGUCAUUGUCACUCUGGCGUCGGCCGCCGUGGCGUUCGCUGCUCCCUGGUUUCUACCCAUGCCCAAGAGGAGCUUGUUCUUCCACAAGAGCUCGGCAACAGCGGAGAAGACGCAGCAAAGCAGCAGCACCCCCCUCAUGGUGAAGGCGGAGGACUUGGAGAGCAAAGUGCCUCUGAGCAGCUGUGAUGACUCCAGGAUAACCAGGUCCUCCGAGGCAGAAAGCCAGAGCAGCGGUCUCGUGGAGGUGAUGCAAAUGCUGUUCGCCGAUUUCCUGGAGUGCUACAAGUGUCGCCCCCUGCUGGCCUGGUCGGUGUGGUGGGCUCUGGCCACGUGCGGCUACUUCCAGGUGGUCAACUACGCGCAGCCGCUGUGGGAGAACAUCCGUCCAUCCAAGGAAUAUGAAAUCUACAACGGCUAUGUGGAGACACUGUCCACUCUGUUGGGGGCUCUGGCGGCUCUGCUGGUGGGCUACCUGCCGAUCAGCUGGGCUCUGUGGGGCGAGCUGGUUCUGUGCGUCCUCUCCCUGCUGAUGGCAGCGUGUGUGUUUGUCAUGGACACGCUGAGGCAAAUCUGGCUGUGUUACGCCUCAUACAUCCUCUUCAGGGCCAUGUACAUGCUGCUAAUCACAGUGGCCACAUAUCAGAUUGCAGCCAGUCUCAGCACGCAGCGGUACGCCCUGGUGUUCGGAGUCAACACCUUCAUGGCUCUCCUGCUGCAGUCCCUGCUCACGUUCGUGGUGGUGGACUCGGCCGGCCUCGGCCUCGACGUCUUCACGCAGUUCCUCAUCUAUGGCGGCUACUUUGCAGUCAUUUCCACAGUCUUCCUCAUCGCUGGGCUUUUCCGACUUGCCUCCAGGAGGCGCUGCAAGCAGGACGUCACGGCCGACAGCCUAGCAGAAACAGAGAGAGGCUCUCCUCCAAUCAGCGAUGCGAGCUCCAGCAGAUAAAACAUCAUGAAUCUGGCGCACUAAAGCCCCAAAGCAGAGAGAACGCAUUAACUCUUCAGUUGCACUGUAGUAGAAAGUAGAGACUAAAACCUAAAGUCUGUGUAACGACUGCAGGCUACUCACUGUUUCUUUACCUACACUAAUUUAAACACUUCUGGCCACUAGGGGCCAGAGAAGCGUAGAACAAUCUGAGAGUCACAGCCGGAGCAAAUGAUUGUCAUGCUAUUGUCAUGGGGAAUGUGUUGGACUCGUGUGUAGAGGAAGAUAAACCUCGAUCCAGUGGCUGCUGCAGUAUUGGUCAAAAACCGGGCUCCUCCAUGUUAGUGGAGAGGACAUGAGGAGGCUGCUGCUGGUUACUCUGUUAAUACUUGAUAGCACUUAGACUAAACACAGAAAAAGUGUUGUGAGUUUAUUCACGUACAAACGUAACAUUUAAUGUGAUCAAGUGACACAACUUUACAGAUGGACAUGAGGCCAUUCUGUGCUUUUCCUUAUGGAACCUGAUGCCUUAGACUGGAUGAACUGAACUAAAGAAUUGAUAUGAAUGGUACUUUGUUAGUACUACUAAGCUGUGGUAAAUCUUGCACCAGCCAAAAGAUAUAUUUCUAUUUUUCUAUUUAUUAUUUUCUCCUUAUAACUUAUAGAUUGAAUAUUGUUUUCCAAAUGAUUAGUUCUGGCACUGAUAAGCUGUAUCAGGCUUAUCUAUAUGUACAGAACUACACAAUACCUGCUGUGUUUGAAGAAGUGCCUCGAAAGGUCAAAAAAUACCUGGAGCUGCUUCCUUUCUUCAAAAUAAAAUCAGGAAUGUUUUCAGAGCCCAGGAAGUUACAUUCCUUGAGUAUAAAGUUGCGACCAAAUCGCUGCCUCGAAUCAACUGAAUGAAUUUUGAAGAAAUGAACACUUGGCCAAAUCUAUACCUGCAGUGGAGAAAUGUUCUGUUACAGUAUGUGACUGUUGAUUUGUAGAGUGUGAUGGUGUGUGUGUGUGUGUGUGUGUGUGUGUGUUUUCUACUGGCCAAAUGUUAUCUGUUUGUUUUUGUUUUUAUUCAUGUCGAUAUAAAAUCCUGCUAGAAGUGAUGGAUUUGCAACUAAAGUGCAGACACUGUUUGCCUGGGCACUGAAAAGACCCUAAAGUACAUGAUGAUAAUAAUAAUAUCAACAAUGAUGAUAAUGUGAAUAAUAAUAAUAAUAAAUCUUAUUAUUAAGGCUCCACUAUAAUGUUGGGAAUUAGUCAAGGGUUAUUUGAAAAUGUGUUCUAUCAAGAAAUACUGUAUCGAUGCAGUUGAAAUUAAAUACUACUGAAUUAUUGAAGUAUUUGUACGAUAGUUACUCUGAGUCAAAGUGGUUGGAAACACACAUUUGUCAUUAAUGUUAAGCAGCUGAAUGUUUUCAUUCUGUGUUUCCUGGAUAACUAGUGCUCACAUAUUUGUGUGCCCCCCCCCCUAAAAAGCUUAUAUUUGAAAAUGUCAACGUUGAUGCCUAUGCAAUACUUAUCACAAAUAAACCUUUCUAAUGUUCUCUAUA